GGCUGUUCCUCUGGGUUUGUGGCCCCCUCCUAUCCGCACUCCCAAGGCAGGCUGGGGACACGUGGCCCUGCCCCGCCCUUGUUGGCUUCAGUUUCUCAAUCGGGAGCGAGCGAGGAGCGGCAGUGGCCUGCUUUCCCCGCCCUUCCCAUCAGUCGGGAAGCCGGAUUGUGGGCUGGGGGAAGCAGCACCCUCUCACCUGGCACCCUCUGCCUCCUGCUCCUAGGCACUUGCUCCUAUUCUCGAGCCCCUUAAAAUCAGCAAAGCCCGAGAAGACCGCGUCCUCCUGGGUGAACAGAGCCAGAUUUCACAUUGAGCAGCUGCAGACGGAGAAAUCAGAGAAAGCACAACCCAGCCCCAGAUUCCAAGGGGCCUGCUGGGGACUCUCUCCUUCUGCUCGAAAGGGAAAGACCCCGAGGCCACUGUCUCAGGCCAGAUCCUGGCUGCCAUGGGACUCGCAGCUACUGCCCCCCAGCUGCCCUCCACACUGCCAGGCAGAUAAGGGCAGGCGCUGCCCCAGGAGCACCUGCCGCCCCCUGCCGGGCCACUCCUCUGUGGUCAACCCUCCCCCAGCUUUGGGCCACCUUUGCUGACUCGAGGCCAUGUAGGCCCCACCUGGGCCUUUGUGGAUACACACACUGCUGGGGACACCGCCUCUGCUCUCUGGGGGACACAGCGUACCACCAUGCCCCGGGGAUUCGCCUGGCUGCACUAUCUCGGGAUCUUCCUUGCCAUGGCCUUGGGGAACGAGGGUUUGGAGAUGUGGCCUUUGACCCAGAGUGAGGAGUGUGCAGUAACUGGCUUUCUUCGGGACAAGCUUCAGUACAGGAACCGCCUUCAGUACAUGAAACACUACUUCCCCAUCAACUACAGGGUGAGCGUGCCUUAUGAGGGGGUGCUCAGAAUGGCCAACAUCACCAGACUGAGGGCCCAGGUCAGCCAGCAGGAGCUGCGGUAUCUGUGGGUCUGGGUGAGCCUCAGUGCUACUGAGUCGGUGCAGGAAGUGCUGCUUGAGGGCCACCCAUCCUGGAAGUUCCUGGAGGAGGUACAUACGCUGCUGCUGGAUGUUCAGCAAGGCCUCACGGAUGUGGAGGUCAGCCCCAAGGUGGAAGCAGUGGUGUCGCUCCUGAGCACCCCCAGGUUGAGCCUGAAGCUGGUACGACCCAAAGCCCUGCUGGACAACUGCUUCCGGGUCAUGGAACUGCUCUACUGCUCUUGCUGUAAACAAAGUUCCGUCCUAAAUUGGCAGGACUGUGAGGUGCCGAGCCCUCAGCCCCACAGCCCGGAGCCCUCAUCGCAGUGUGUAGCUGCCCCGCUGUACCCUCUGCCCCAGCAGCCCCCCAUCUCCCUGCCCCGCUCCCCAGGACCCAAGACUGGACCCCCGGCUCAGUGAGGCAGCUGAGGGCACAGGGCAGAGGCCUCGUGCCCCACCUGGCCUGUGUGGUGACCUGUGUGGGACAGCUGGAGGUGCUCCCGCAGGAGUUUGGUGGAGUCUGAGACUUGUCUGGGGGGGGUGGGGAACCCCCAAGACAGUGUUUUUCCCUUGAGGGAGAUUCUGUGCCUGAAAAGGGCUCAGCUUCCUGCAUUCUGUACCUCACAGUCUCACCUGGAGCAGCCGGGGUCCAGAGUCCCCUGAAGGUGGACAGAGCUUGUCCCCUCCCUGUACCACCUGGGCUGCCUCGCUUGCCUGAAGGUGGUGCCCGGCGUGUCCUGAGGCCUGCAGAGGCUAGACCUGUUCCAGGCUGGGGGGUGGGCGGGCAUGGGGAAGGGGCAGAGCCAGACACCACAUCUUGCCACAGUGGAUGCUCUUCCAGUCCCUCUUAUAUUUUCUAUUAAACACUUGCUUGUUUUGUUUGGGUUUGGUUUAGUUUGCAUCUGCAAAGGUGAACCCCAAGUGCAGGAGGCAGGAGAGAGGUAGGCUUGUGUGGUCCUGGGGCCUGGGUCUGGAGAUUUGGAUUUGGGAUGGAUGAAGCCUUAGCCUGGGGGCCUGGAAAUGGUGUUUGAGGGAGGGAGUUUCUUCCAGACCUGCCUGAGUCUCCAUGAGACCGGUGGGGCAGAGGGUGUCAGGCUGAUCCUUCUCAGUGUCUCCUGGCCACCCUCGCUGGCUUCAUUGGGCUGUCCCAAGACAGCCACCUGCAGAGACAGAGUGGAGGUAUUCAAAAGCAUAGGUCCUGAUACAGGACCUGGCCACUCCUGCCCCUCAGCCGGGAUCUGGGAUGGGAAAGGGCAGGGUGCCAGCGCUGCGCAGGGGCAGGUGAACAGGGUGGAGGAAGCCAGGCGGAGGCAGGGGUGUUAAUUACAGUACAACUUUAUUAAUACUGGAAUCUUCACAGUGCAUUUGUUACUUGUAGCAG